UUGGUUUAGAUGAAAAAAGAAGAUCGCGCGUAAACGACGUUGCUCACGCGCUCUGUUUUUGAAUUUGGAAUUUAAAAUCUGUGGUUGCGGUUUUGACAGUUGUAUUUUUUUAUUUGUUAAUAGCAACACUGGAAUUAUAUUCAGCCAUGUAUACGUGUUCUUUAUAGUAUCUUUGCGUUCACCGGUGCGUGAAUAGACACACGACAGUUUUCUAGAGAUCGUCGCGUUGCAAAAAGUUGGUGACAGUGGACAUUGUUGAAUAGCAUUAUUUAAAUGAAGUGCCUGUAGUGACUUGGAUAUUGGAUUUUAUUCAAUUUUACCGGUUUGAGGGUACAAUAUGGCGCGUUUCAGCCUGCUUAUAGUAGUGUGUCAAGUUCUGACACUCCCCAUUUUGGGGGGGAGGAGUGACGAUGAGAACCCCUUCUUGGAUCUUGCGACGUCGUUUCUCCAAAAUAUGGGGGACAAUGGGAAUGGGAAUGGGAACGGACUGGCAGCGCUUGGGAGCAUAGUGGGGAAUUUGAUGCAGGGGGACAACGCAAAGAACUUGGGAGCCAUGUUUGGAGGCGGGAAAAGUGGGAAUAAUGCUGGUGACGUUUUAUCAGGACUCGGCAGUCUAUUCGGAGGUCAGGACGGCAAAAUCGACCCAGCUCUAGUAGGCUCUAUGAUAUCAAUGUUCGCCCAACAGAUGGGCAACAGCGAAGAACCCAAGGCGACCAGACAAAAACGGCAGAACAAGGACGAAGACUUCAAUCUAGAAGGAAUGCUUAGCCUAGCCUCAGGGUUAUUAGGCAGCCAGAACGGAGGAGGAGGAGCUGGUAUCAUGCCCAUUAUCAUGAACACACUAAAUUCCUUCUCGGAGCCAGAAACGAAGAAACGGGCUGAAGAGCACAAAGACCAUGCGUCUUUCCUACCGCCUUUCGUGGAAAAGGCGCAUUUGUACUGGGACCUCUUCAUCAAUUCGGAGCUGGGCAAGUCUCUAUGGGAGAAGUCUGGGAUGAAGAGAGCCAUGAAGGCGUUCACUGGCCCUGAUGGCAAGAUCAGUUUUGAGGUGAUGUUCAAGAACUUUGAGAACCACUCGUUCAGGAGACACUGGAUCAAGGCUGCAGCGAAGUACCUGACGGAUACUGUCAUGCAGAUGGCGAAGCCUGAGGUUUAUCAGAGAUACCUCGGCUCCGGGCAGUACAUCCUCAACAGUUUUCUGGACGCCCAAGGCCUCCCCAAGAACAUCCACUUCGACAUGACAAGACCAGAGUCGUCUCUGACCAAACUCAUCAACUACGGGCUGAAGAAAUAUAUGGACAUGGACACGGACGUGUCGGGAUACGUGAAGUCCGCGAUGGAAUAUAUGAGGCAAACCCUCAAAAUGGCGGAGACAACCACAAAGAACAUCGCUUCCCGCGGCGACUACAACGCGCUGGCUGAUCGCAUAACUGACACCCUCAACUUGGAGGUCAUAGAACCGGUGCUGAGGGUCUACCGGGCGUACAAGCACUCAGUCCAGGCGCCGCAUUGCCAGGAACACCUCAUGUGCUUGGUUAAUAGGCACCAUGAUAAGGAGAAACGAGAUCUCCCAGGAUUCAAGGCUGGCUUGACCAAGCUGAGCAGUCUGGCCGCGUCUGCUGCCCUGAGCUUCCAGAACGGGAAAGGUUUCUGGGACCUGUACAACGCUAUACAGAAUGACGUCAACUGCGAGGCCGCGUAUCCUGCAGACUGUUCUGCCUUCCACGAACACGAACUAAAAGUGACUACAGAAGUAUACCAUAGUGAAUUAUAAAAAAACCUUAGCUAGUUUUUCACCGUUCAUAUUCAAAUUUAAGUAAACCACAAUAAUAAUGUUAUUUGUAUAAAUCAAAGCAUUUAUUUUAGUAUUAGGUUCCUAUCUGAAUAAAAUAAUUACAUUAUUAAUAUAAUUUAACAUAAUUAUUAUAAUAAAAAGUUUAAGUACACGUCCACUGGGUGUUGAUUGCUGCAUAAAUGAAAAUAUAAUUU